UCAAAAGUGUAGAUAUCUCUUCAUUCCGAUGAAUACGGGAUGGCAUUGGUAUCUACUUUCUCUGGACUUGAAGGACCAGCGUUUCGAAUGCUACAACUCCUUGUGGAGUUUCGACGUUGGGGAGGACGCUGUUAGAUAUGCUUCUUUUGUGAGAUCGUGGCUAAACGACGUUGUCGGAUUUCGUAUCCCAGAAUUAGCAUAUUCUGAAAUUCGACAAUGUGCACAACAACGAAAUGAUAGUGUUGACUGCGGGGCAUACAUGCUUAUGUUUGCAGAGGGACUUACCCGAGGCAGCACGAGACCAUUAAAGGAAGAAUUGAAGGAUCCAUCUUUAUACAGGAGCUGGGCUGCAGGGAGUAUUCUAUUGCAUUCCGGGAGCGUUGCCAGCGUUAGGUUUAGGUCAAUGUACCCUGGGAAGACUUGUAUAGAGAAAUCGUAGACUACGUGUUGUAUCACAUGAAUGCAAAUUAGUUGUAAAACUUGAUUGUAAAUGUGUUAUAAAGGAUGUUUGUCCAACUGUAAUUUUC